CCCGGCAGAGUUACGUUUGUAAAUACUUCUUACGCCUCCCGCCCCCUCGGGUGCUGACCAGUGUGGUCCCCAAGUGUCCUUCGUGGAGUUCUUAUUCCGUGUGAGCGAAUUGUGCGUCGGUGUUUACUAAGCUGUAUAGCCCCAGCCUGUCAACUGUGGUCUUUGCUACUUCUGGAGAUUUCUACGAUUUACUAGUUAUUGAAUGUGUGUGCACCUGGUUCUCUGUAUGCACUGAUGUCUGUUUGUGGAAAAUGUGUAAUUGUGCAUGUUUGGAAAACGGGCGCUAGAGUUGAUGCUUAAUGCCUCUAAAUCGUAUCAGCAAGUAAGUCUUCCCGGAGAAACACAUCGGUCUCUGCACCAGACCUAGAAACUGGCUAAAGCCAAAUAUUAAAUGCCAUAUAAAGAAAUGUCUGACAAAUAAUAAACUUUUGGGUAUAGAAAAAAUACAGCUACAGGAACCACUCUUUGAGGAAAAAUAAUAGAGCAUUUAACUGAUAAUCUAAAUUUGAAUGGUGAUGGAACCAUUUAACAGAACUAGACAUUAGGUGAAAAAAGUUGAUGUUGUGUUUUAAAACACAUUUCUUGCUAAGGCUCACAAUCACGAAUGGAUCAGCUCCUGAAUGAAAAUGUGUUUGCUGUGACAGACGUGAGAAACUGUCAUUUGGUCAUUUGAAAGUUUAAAAACAACAUGCAUGUUUCUAAUUUUAGUUUUCAGUUGAAGAGAUGAGAAAAAAUUUAGUCACCUAUUAACCAUUGUCUCCCAUCCUUUUUAUUUUCCUUCACAUAAGUGGUAUUCUUGCCUUUGUUGGUGCUUUCUUAAUGUCUUAGCAUCCUUGGGUAUUUAAUCCAGGAAGAGAUUAAAAGAGAUUUACUGGUUUUAAAGGUGCUGAAAUAUAUCUUAGUAGGUCCAUAACUUCUCCUUUUUAUUAUUGCCAAGUUAAUAUCUUUUGAACAACGGGGGAAAUGCAGUCUCUUAGGGGAAACUCAGUGGACAUUGAGUAUCAGUGGGUGACCACUGCCAUCAAUCUAUUUUGCAGAAUAUUGAGAAGCUCAGAGCAACCAACCUUUAAGGUUCCCCUAGGACUUUAUCUGAUUUAAAGUGUUGCUUUUCUAAUCCUAUCCUACUGACAGUUUGCAAGGGAAGAUACACUGAUUGAUUUUUUUCUCAGUUCCUUUUUUUCCCCCGUACUCCUUGCCCCUCCCCCGCUCUCUAACUCAGUUAAGAGCAAUUUUCUCAAAUAAAAAGGCUACGCAUAGUUUCUUAAGUGAGAUAGAUUAUCAUCUGAUUAUCCAUACAUGAACAGAAUCCACGCACCUCUGGAAUUUUCAACGUUGCAUACUGCAGACGGUGUUGGAGGUAGCAGUAAAUCACAGUUGGGCAGGAAGCUUGGACGUGGUUUUAAAAAACUAAUCCAUUUUAGGUUAUCAAGAGAACUUAUUGUAAACAGACUCUUUUUGUUCCAAAGAUGUCUCCCCACUCCAGGAGAGGAGCAAUCCUGGCUGAGGACUCCCCGCGGUGGGGCGCUUUCUCAGUCAUUGUGGGCGUGGCCUAAUCCAAGACCGAGGGUAUGAAGUCGAUCCUCGAUGGCCUUGCAGAUACCACCUUCCGGACCAUCACCACAGACCUCCUCUACGUGGGCGCCAAUGACAUUCAGUACGAAGACAUCAAAGGCGACAUGGCAUCCAAAUUAGGGUACUUCCCGCAGAAAUUUCCUUUAACUUCCUUUAGGGGAAGUCCCUUCCAAGAAAAGAUGACUGCAGGCGACAACCCCCAGUUAGUCCCGGCUGACCAGGUGAACAUCACCGAAUUUUACAACAAGUCUCUGUCCUCCUACAAGGAGAAUGACGAGAACAUUCAGUGCGGGGAGAACUUUAUGGACAUGGAGUGCUUCAUGAUUCUGAACCCCAGCCAGCAGCUGGCCAUCGCUGUGCUGUCUCUCACGUUGGGCACCUUCACGGUUCUGGAGAACCUUCUGGUACUGUGCGUUAUCCUCCAUUCCCGCAGCCUCCGCUGCAGGCCCUCUUACCACUUCAUAGGCAGCCUGGCCGUCGCCGACCUCCUGGGGAGCGUCAUCUUCGUCUACAGCUUCGUCGACUUCCACGUCUUCCACCGCAAAGACAGCCCCAACGUGUUUCUGUUCAAAUUGGGCGGGGUCACAGCCUCGUUCACGGCCUCAGUGGGCAGCCUGUUCCUCACGGCUAUCGACAGGUACAUAUCCAUCCACAGGCCUCUGGCCUAUAAGAGGAUCGUCACCAGACCCAAGGCCGUGGUGGCCUUUUGCCUGAUGUGGACCAUCGCAAUCGUGAUCGCCGUGCUGCCCCUCCUGGGCUGGAACUGCAAGAAACUGCAGUCCGUGUGCUCAGACAUUUUCCCUCUCAUCGACGAAACCUACCUGAUGUUCUGGAUCGGGGUCACCAGCGUGCUGCUGCUGUUCAUCGUGUAUGCCUACAUGUACAUUCUCUGGAAGGCGCACAGCCAUGCGGUGCGCAUGAUCCAGCGCGGUACCCAGAAGAGCAUCAUCAUCCACACGUCAGAGGACGGCAAGGUGCAGGUGACUCGGCCGGACCAAGCCCGUAUGGACAUUCGGCUGGCCAAGACCCUGGUCCUGAUCCUGGUGGUCUUGAUCAUCUGCUGGGGCCCUCUGCUCGCGAUCAUGGUGUACGAUGUCUUUGGGAAGAUGAACAAGCUCAUUAAGACGGUGUUUGCCUUCUGCAGCAUGCUGUGCCUGCUGAAUUCCACCGUGAACCCCAUCAUCUAUGCUCUGCGGAGCAAGGACCUGAGACAUGCUUUCCGGAGCAUGUUCCCCUCGUGUGAAGGCACUGCACAGCCUCUGGAUAACAGCAUGGGGGACUCAGACUGCCUGCACAAGCAUGCCAACAACACGGCCAGCGUCCACAGGGCCGCGGAGAGCUGCAUCAAGAGCACGGUCAAGAUCGCCAAGGUGACCAUGUCUGUGUCCACGGACACGUCUGCCGAGGCUCUGUGAGCCAGACGCGUCCCUGGCAAUACAGGAAAAGAAAUUCUCUUUCUCUUUUUUUUAAAGCCUAAAACCCAGAAGAGUCUGUCGUCUCAUCGGUUUUAUUUUUUUUAAGUUGACCAUGCUCAGUGAAAAAGUGAUUGUCAAAGUGAUCAGUUCUCAGUUCUCUACUGUUUCAUUAGCCUACGUCCUCAAACUCAGUUCUCCAGGGGUUUACAGUGAAGAAAACCUGUUGCUUAAGGGACUGGAAGGUCCUUCAAAGUCUCAAUGAAAUAGGAGAAAAACCUUUGGCUACACAGUUUGAAGCCUAAGUAUCCAUAGAAAAAGGCCAUCCGAUGAGUAAUGCCUUUGAAACCACAGCUUUCAUUAUAAUGUGAAGUGUAUUUGUCUCGAAGUAUCAGAGAUGUCCAUUUUUACAGCAGUUAGAGUACUAAAGUAGAACUAUUUUGUAACAUGUAUUGUGUCCUGUGAAAUGUGUAUCAGUGUUUACUAUGUGUUAUUUCUAUUUGUCUGGUUCAGCAGAACUGCAAGGUGGGCUUCUGUGAGAACCGUGGAACAUAAGCAGUGGAUUGAUGUCAGUGAGACCACUUUUCAAAACAUUAUUGCCCAUGAUGUAACUUGAGAAACCUUAAUAUUUUUUCAAAUAUCUCUCUUUAAAUUUGACAUUGAAAUAACAUUAAAGGUUUAUUUUUCUGUUAAUACAACAAGAAGAAUUUGAAGACUAACCAAAGUCUUGAGCAGAACUCAUUGACACUUAAAAAAAUUUAUUAGUCCCACAUUUUCAUAUGAGGACGUCUUCUGGACUUUAGCUGUUCUGUGGAUGGAGUACAAUCAGAACAGAAGAGAGACGGCAUAUUGACUUUUGGCUGACAUCUCUGACUCUCUUUAGUCUUUAGCUAUUACUGGACCUCUUAAGAUAGCAUGUGUCAAUCUUAAUGUGUGUUGUUAUCACUGUGCAAUCGUUGUUUACUUGAAAAGUAUUGCAUCCUUAUAUUCCAGGUUUAAGUAGAUUUCCUGCCUGGGUGGGCAAACAACAGUCUUCAUUUUUUUCUUAAUUGAAAAGAAGUAUUGUCUGGAUCAGUAAAAUUAUAUCGUGUGUGAGUGUGAAUGUAAAUGUGUGUAUGUGUAUGUUUCUAUCCUGUGACUGUUCUAGUAGUGUCCUAAAGUGAGAAAACUGUGACCACGUUUAAACUUGCUGCACUAUUGCACAUGGAUUCAGUUUCUAAAAUUGAGUUCUUCCAGAAAUCUUGUUCAUAAAAAGACUGACUAUAAACAUUCAGAGCCCUCUCCCUUUGUGAUUGCAUCAAGUAUUACCAAACUGACCUCUAGGUAUUCCAUAAGACCAGUGUUUAGCGAGGAAUCAUCAAUAAUGAACAUUCAAGUUGAGAUCUGUAUUUAUAGUGUUAGUAUCAGAAGGUGGGAGUGUUUUGGUUUCUGAGCACCUAAUAUUGAUCAAAUCCAUGGAGAGGUAAGUCAUUAUAAGGGAAAGACUUCUAAAAAAACCCCUCUGUGGCAAAACAUUUAGUUGUGUGUGUAGGCAGCGUGAUCCUAGUUUAAGUAGCACUAUAGGAGUUCUCUCAUGGCUCAGUGGCUUAAGGAUCCAGUGUUGUCACUGCUGUGGCCCAGGUUUGAUCCCUGGCUCAGGAGUCUCUGUAUGCUACAAGCACAACCAAAAAAUAAAGAAGGCAUACAAUUCAAUAGUUUUUUUUUAAAACAAAACAAAACAAAACACUAUGCCCGGCUCACUGGAGUAAGACUACCAGAUCUGACUUAUGUGGCAAGAAGGCUGAUUGGAUGGGAUGAGACAGAAAAGGGCAAUGAGGAGCUGGCACACUUGUGAUGGGGGCCUGGGUGUCAUAUGGCUGCUUCUUUGCUUUGCCCAGAUAUCCUUUGGGACAGCCCAGUAACCGGCUUUGUCUGUCUAGGUUAAAGAAAGGUCCUCUCUCCUCUGUUCCUGGUUGGCUAGAUGUGCUCAAGCAUAAAGAUGAGCAUGGCUUGCUUUCUUCUUAUGCCCCAGUUUCACACUCUUUAAUGGUGCCAUAGGUGCUCCAAAUUCACCCCUUUCCAAGUAAGCAUUGAUAAUGCUUAAGAAGCCACCUGAGGAGUUCCCGUCGUGGCGCAGUGGUUAACGAAUCCAACUAGGAACCAUGAGGUUGCGGGUUUGGUCCCUGCCCUUGCUCAGUGGGUUAACGAUCCGGCGUUGCCGUGAGCUGUGGUGUAGGUUGCAGACGCGGCUCGGAUCCUGCGUUGCUGUGCCUCUGGCGUAGGCCGGUGGCUACAGCUCCGAUUCGACCCCUAGCCUGGGAACCUCCAUAUGCCGCGGGAGCGGCCCAAGAAAUAGCAACAACAACAACAACAACAACAACAAAAGACCAAAAGACAAAAAAAAAAAAAAAAAAAAAAAAAAAAGAAGCCACCUGACUCUGACAAAUUUUGCUCACAAGCGAUCUUCUCCCUCAACAGAUAAGGCAUGGCUCCUGUAGGACCCAUAGGCCUGCAUAGCAUGAUGUAAAGCAGAGAGCUAGUUCUCUGGUGACUCCUAGCUAUGUGGUACCCAAGCAGCUUGGUGGAGCAGAAUCCUUUCUUGCAGUGCAAAGCUGAAUGUGGUUUAUGGAGGAAACUGGAGUGUUUUGAAUUGUCUAUGCAGCUUGAGUCUUCCUGUUGGUUCCCUCACUUCACCUCUCUGUGAUGUGCAGGUGGGGGGCUGAGGGUGCUAGAGGGUUAAUAAGAUCUUUUAGGAGGAGAAAAUAUUAUUUAUGAAAAAACAUACCAGGGUCCAGUUUCCAUUGAAGAAUUGCCACUGUUUUGUCCCAAAUUUCCCUGAAUAUUUGUCUACACAUCUCGGCGUUCACUGGGUAUUACCAACGCUUCCCUUGCAGGUAUGACAACCUGGUGAAGAUGCAAUUCUUGCUAUUGGUAGAAAAAUUCCAGGAUUCAUUUUUGAAACUGCAUUUGUGUGUACUCAAUGUAGAUUUUAUAGUGUGUUGUGCUUACCAGAUCUAAAUCAUUUAUCAUAAAUUAAGGGACAAUGGGGCUGACAGCACUAAACUUGGUGCUUAUUGAUAUUCUAAGAAAUAUCUGUGAAAUAUCAUCAUGUAUGUUUUACCACCUUCAUUUGAAAAUGUUUAAAUGAGUUCAAUUCAUUCUGACACUUUUAAUAUCAAUUCCUAACCCAAGUGACUCAAAUGUUCUUCUCAAUGAAUAUACUCAUUAGAAUUAUUAUUCAUUAGUAUCAUUCAUUAAUUAAUUAGUCCCUGAAUUAGACCCAUUGAUGUCAAUAUAAUUUAGAGCUCAGUAAGUUUUAUAAAGUCUGACUCCAGAGUUACCCACUUUCCUCUGGGGCUCACAUAUGUGUCCUGACCAUCAUUUCACCAUCACAUAUGUCUUUAGAAAGGGCCAAAUUGCCCACCCGCUCAGUUUCUUCAGAGUAAUUAUGGCUCUCAAUCCCCCAGCAACAGCCUCAUUUAGACAAGGAGGGCUGUCUCCAAGAGCCUCUAAUUUUCCAUCACAUAUGAAAUAUAUGCGAAAGAAUUAUGGCCCUAGAAGAAGCUGCAGACAUAUGCUAAUACUUGAGAUGAUUUCCAAGCCUCCUGGUCACUUUGAGUCAGGUCUAUCUGACAUUAAGUGUCAUGGAAUUUUGGCCAUCUAAACCCACACUGCAGGAAAUAGGCCUGAUGUCCAGAAGAGAAUUAAGCCCUUGAUGAGUAGCCUUCUAGUUACUGUCCCGUUGGUUAAUUUCUGCCAUUCCAUGUCUGUAAAAGAGACCACUAAUAUCAUGUGCAAAAUUAGAUUUCUCACAAUCUAACUGUAUAUUUGUAUGAUAUUUUAAAAUCUCCUAAAUGCUGGGCAAUGGCUAUUAACAAUCGUCUUGCACUGGCCUUCUGAUGAAAUGUUAACAAUGCCUAUUGUAAUAUAGACAAAACAUUUUAUCUACUGAUUUGGGCUGAAUGUAUGUAAAUAGGUUUUAAAAAAAGUCAGAUGUUUAAGCAGUGGCCUCCAAAUCAGUAAUUUUCAGAUAGGAGAGUUUCUUUACACUGCUGUGGCAUCCUAAAAGCUAUCUUCACGUGAACUUAGUGUACCGGGCCUGCUGGGGAUGGGAGUCCCCAAGAGAGGGAACCUUUUCUUGUAAUACUAUGACUCAAGAUACCAGAUUAUCUGGAUUCUUAUUUCCAAUGUUUCAGGUGGAAAACAUAACUCUUUAUUGUCUGUAAAUCUAACAUGAUUACUUUUCCUCUUAGAAGAAUAUUGUAUUGUUAGAUGUUUGUUGAGCUGGUAACAUCCUUGCAACCGCUGCAAUAUCUUUGUUAGUAAUAAAACUUUGUACACAAGUACUAGUAAGAUUGUUACUCAAUGUAGCUUCAGUCAUUAAAUUACUAUAGUGAAGUAGUACUUCUGUAAUAUUUACAAUGUAUUAAGCCCACACUAUAUUUUAUUUCAAUGAUGUAAUUAAAUUGUUAUUUAUUCAAAGAGAAAACAUCCCAUCAUGUCUAUUGUCCAAGGUUACCUGGAAUCAAAUAAAAAUUCUAGAUUAUCA